AUGCUGUCUAAAGCUUUGGCGAAAGCGAACGCCGCGGUUCAGCUGGAUAAUGCUCAAAAUUACGUCGCUGCCAGGGAAUCUUACUCAGAGGCCUGCGACCUAUUACAACAAGUCCUCUCUAGGACAAGUGGCGAGGAGGACAGGAGAAAGUUGGAAGCUAUUCGACUCACAUACACAAGCCGAAUAGACGAGCUGGAUGGGUUAGUGCCUGCAUACGCGCAAAAUGACAAAGCUCUGCCGGCGAGACCGGAGAGCGUCGAUGAAUACCAUGGAGUCCAGAUCGAAUUGGCCGGCGGCGAAGGAAGUGCGGAAAUAACAGCGGCUGGGAGAGUAGGGAGGGACUCGCCAAAUUCUGGCCAAGACCAGCGGCUACUCCAGUCGUCCUUUUCGAGACCACAGAUGCGCCGGAAUUUCGAAGGUCCUUCUCUCAGCCUGCCUCAUCCACAGGAUGCCGGCUUUGUGCCUGCUCCAUUAUCACCCCGACGACCACUCUCCCCGGCGAAACCACCUACUCCUCCCGAGCCCGUUGUGCGGCAGGACUUCUCCUGGCCAUCUGAGCGGUCGGCUGUAGAAAAUGGCGCGAAGAGCCAUAGGCGCAACCUUAGUCACGAAUCGGCAUCAUGGCUGGAUCCGAUCGAUGAGUCCGGCGGCUCGGCUUCAUCCUCGGUACAUUCGAGGAACUCUUCGAUUGGAGUUAGGAGGAAACAUAUCCGCCACACUAGCGGCAACACGGAGGCCGAGUUCGACGCCGCCUUAGAUGCUGCGGUUGAAGCCGCAUACGACGACGGCUAUGAACCUAUGGACUCCUACGAGACCGCCUAUGACGACGAUAACCUCGACAGCAGCGAUGAUGUGGUGGUCAACGCGAUGCGCAAAGUAGAGAUUGCCAAGGAAAGGGUCCGCCAAACCGAGCGUGAGGCGGCAGUAGAGCUAGCACGGGAACGAGAACGUCAGAGGCAGAUGUCGAUAGAUCAGAAAACCCAGACGUUUGGUGGGGACUUCUUCGACGCCAACGAUUCAGAUGAGGAGGAAGAGCGUAUCUUGGACGAGAUGGCUCGGAGAUCCGUGAUGGAAGAUUUCACCUUCAACCAGCGGUCCCAGCAAUCACAAUCUAAAAUUCCUAGGGAGUCCGACUCUAGCGGCAUAACCUCGCGGACCUGGCAUAGUUCGGUUGGCUCAAAUCCCCCAACAGCCACGACGGUAUUGUCGACGGUCACUGAGAUGCCGCCGCCAGGAUUCCCCCCCAAGACAUCACCGCCGUCCCUACCUUCACCACCAUCUCAGCAGGUUUCUCCCACAUCCGGGGUGCGCAAUCGUCGCCUCUCCGGUCAGAACCAUAAGCAGCUCAAGAUCGAGACCUCCAAGCUCGGGCAGCCACCAAACGUACUCGCGCCAUCCAUCGCCACCUCGGUGCUGCAAGCAAAGACCUCCGGAGGUUAUAUCGCUCAACAGAGGCAAGCACUGUCGGCGACAUCAACACGACCAGGCCCUUUUUCCAUGCGUGCGCCAUCGUCACCCGUCAGAGGUAUUAGCCCAGCAGAUGCCCUGGCUCCUCCGAGUCCGCCAACUAUCCAGGCGGGAGCUCAAGAAUCUGAUGAGCUCCGAACCGACUCACCAACUUCUUCGCGACCUGGCAUACGCAAGAAUUUCUCGUCUUCUAGUUUAAAGUCCCUAAAAACCCGCCAGUUUUCUGUCUCACACCUUGAUGAUUCUGACCUUUCGCCCAACACUCCUUUGAGCCACCAAAUUUCAAACACUUCUAUGUCUCGCCAGCCCACAAUUCCUGCACUCCCUACGCCACUUGCCGCCGCUUUUCAUGAGAGGAUGACUGGUGGUAUUGGUGGUUUGCACCUAUUCGACUCUGAUUUUCAUUCCCCUACUACCCAUUCGCCGAAUCAGCUCUACCACCAUCACCAUCUCCACCAUAGUCCGGAUGUUCCAAUACCCCUCGAACCGUGUCCGUCCGAUGCCAUGCUUCGGCCUUUCUGGCUGAUGCGUGCUCUUUACCAGACUCUGGCUCACCCACGUGGAGGAUAUAUCAGCAACCGACUUUUCAUUCCUCGGGAUGCCUGGAAAGUUAAGGGCGUAAAACUACGUGCCCUCGAGGAUAAGAUUUCGCAGUGCGAUCUUUUAACCGCAGCGCUUCUCAAGCUAGCGAGGGUGGACAGCAACGAUGCGGAUGCGGUCCUGGAGGAAAUGCAAAGCUUUGAAAAUAUUCUAGAGAUGGUCCAAGUAACGCUCGCGCGAAAGCUUGGUCACGAGGUUGGCACUCAGGGUAUGAGUGCCUUCCGUGAUGAGAGAGACGCAGAGGCUGCGCCGCCAGUCCCACGAAGUGCUAGUGUCAGCGGAAAAGGAGGCGCGUUUAGUUGGCGAAGACUAAGGAACAAGGGCUCUGCGGCCAACAUGACGAGCGCAUACGGGGCGAAGAGCAAUAGCGGCGGAAGCGGCGGCCCCGGCGUGAACGAGAGGGAUAUCAUUGGCUCAGUGAGUUCCAUUCCGAGUCUACCGAUGAGCGCCCACCCAAGCAGCAAGCCCGCGAAGAGGGAUGUCACGUCGGUUAACUUUGAUGGACCGUAUGGGAACUAUAUGGCGAGCCUUGCGCGAUUGUUCGAUGCUGCGCAAACGGUCGAUCAAAUUGCACGCCAAGUCGACGACCCUGGCCUGCGCCACGCUGAUAAAACCCAGGUUGGGCUUGAGUUGUGCACUAGGCACGCGGCCGAGUUCUUUGGCUUUUAUAUUUGCCGCUUUGUGUUAGCUGACUUGGCAAUGCUGCUCGAUAAAUUUGUCAAGAGAGGUAGCGAAUGGGUACUUAAUUAA